CUGUGUAUAUAAAAUAAAAUCUCAUCAUUGGUCAAAUCUUUCAUUCUGUCACUUGUCAGCUUGUUUGCAUCUUCUUUCUUUCACACAUAUAUUUUUUUUUUCUCCAGUUCAAAAUUUCAGCUCUAGUGCACAUUGAAUCCAAGCAUUGAUCAUUGUCGAUCAAGUGUGUUUGUGUUUGUAUCCGUAACUGGAUUUAUCUAUGAUGUCAAUGCUGGAAUUAUCUUUCCUGUGUUAAUUAAUACAUGAUUUUGAUUGUCGUUUUUAUUGUUGUCAACUUCCGUCGUUCACACUGGUUAAAAUAUUUGAUAAAUCGUUGCCAACCAAUUUUAAAUCUGUUCGAAUUAAUCUGGUCGUAAUUUAUAUAUAAAUAAUUGUUAUUGAAUCAAGUGAAUCCAUUGAAACAAAUUCACGUCAAACAAAAUGGAAACAUUGAAAUAUUACAUGUUCGAUUUUUGGGAACAAGAAAGUGAUCCACGUAUCAGUAAUUAUCCAAUGAUGAAAGGUGGUCCAUGGAUGGCUUGGUCAAUCGUUGCUGCAUAUGUUUAUUUUGUCAAAAGUCUUGGACCAAGAUUGAUGAAAAAUCGUGAAUCAAUGAAUCUACAAUCGCUGAUAGUUGCAUAUAAUUUAUCGAUGAUUAUAAUCAAUGCAUAUUUUUUCUAUCAGAUAAUGGUACCAUAUCAUCUUGGUAUCGACAUUAAUAUAUGGAAUUUUGAACGUAAUGAACAUUUGGAUUAUACACCACGUACGAUGCAUGUAUGCUUCCUAAGCUAUCUAUAUUUACUCAGCAAAUAUAUGGAUCUUAUUGAAACGAUUUUUUUUAUUCUGCGUAAAAAAUUCAAUCAAAUUUCCAGUUUACAUGUUUAUCAUCAUGCAAUCGUACCUAUAUUGGUUCAUAUGUUUAUCAAAGUAUCACCGGCUGGUGGUCCUGGUGCCAUGUUUCCACUUCUCAAUACAUUUAUCCAUACCAUAAUGUACAUCUAUUAUACAUUAUCAGCAUUGGGUCUACGACGAUAUACAUGGUGGAAGAAAUAUGUCACACAAUUACAAUUAACCCAAUUUGUCAUCUUUGGUAUUUAUGGAUGGCUAUUCUUGCUCAAUCAAAAAGGCUAUCCCAAAAUAUUCACAUUUUUGGGCAUUAUUCAACCAGUCAUCUUUUUUGCCAUGUUUUUCUCAUUCUAUAAACGUGCAUAUAGAUCAUCGAUAAAUCGUUUCAAAGCUGAUAACAGGACUAAAAUAACAACGAAUGGAACAUACAUUGACAACAAUAAAAUAACCACCGUCGCUGACGAUGCUACUGACAAUUGCUGUGAUCACCAUGAAAAUGGCCAAAUUAAUCAAAUGGUAUCCAAUGGCAACACGUCAACGAAUGGCAUUGUUAACAGCAAAAAACAUGAAUAAGAAUCAUCAUUGUCGAUUAGUGACAAAUUAUUUCAUCAAAAAAAAACAAUACAAUCGACGAUUGCCCAUAUGUUAAUUUUGGAUUGAUUGUAAUAAAUGGAAUAUAUUUGAUUCAUUAA